AUGGCAUGGUCAAGCACAGUGCAUGAGCGUUACCCAGAGUUGUUGGAAAAGCAUGGAGCCAGUAAGAACCCGAUUGAUGAAGCCAAAUUUAGCCCCGAAGAAAGUAGACUGUCGAAAGCCAUGUACACGUUUCUGAUACAGUACUGUCCCGAGCCAACGAUGAACGUCAUAGGACAAGGGUUGCGUGAUGCCAACGGUUUUGAGGUUUGGAGAAGAUUGGUGCUUCUGAGCGAGCCAGCGCAUCGGACUAAGGCAUGGGUAUGGCGCAGGCACUUAGCAAAUCCCUCGUUUCCGAGUGACAUUGCACAGUGGAGCACAGCGCUUCACCAGUGGGAAGCUGAACUUCGAGAGUUUGAGCGUACGUACAACACAGCGUUUUCAGAAGAUGAGAAAGUGUCCAUUUUGGCUCAUAUUGCACCGAAAGAGUUGCAGCAAAGCAUCUUCAUGCACAGUGAUGUGUUGAACGGAUACGACAAGAUAAGAGAGUACAUCGAACAGUAUCUGAUCAACAGAAACCUGUGGAAAAGGCCUCAAGGUUCACAGUUCGGGAUGCCCAAAGCCUCAAACAAAACUGGUGAGCAUGAUGAUGGGGGAGUGAGGCCUAUGGACAUCGGCGGAGACAACUGGAGCAACAAAGGAAAGGACAAAUGGAAGGAGAGUUGGAACAACAACAGGCAUGGUCACAUUGCUGCAGACUGCUGGUGGAAGGUUGGAGCAGUCGACAGCGAGGCCUACACCGAGACCGGUGGGACGGGUGCAUCCGGGAAUGCCCCAGAAGACCGGAGUGGCAACGGUGCAGGGAUUGGUUCUGUGUUUGAAGGUUCGCAGCGUGUUGUCAAGUGGAGUGAUGAAGAUGUGAUAUUCACUGUGAGUGAGAGUUCCGUUGCAGCUGUGACUGCAAAACAGCUAGGCAACCGGUAUCUUCUCAUCGACUCAGGAGCCUGUGAGAGUGUAGCAAAAGUAGGAGACUUUGAAGCACAGGUGGAUGCCUCGAAAGCGAAGCCUUUGUUCAGCGUGCAAGGGACGCCGCUUAAGGUGUAUGGAAAGCAGUACCCUCAGGUCAUGUUCGGACAAACCAAAGGAGCAGUAGAAAUGACCGUAACGGAUGCUGCUGAGAGCCUAGUUUCGGUCCACAGUUUGGUAGCGAGAGGACACAAGGUGGUUUUCAGCCCAGGAGGGUGUUUCCUCGAGACCAGCGCGGGUGACACCGUACCACUUGAGCUUCAUGGGAAAAGGUGGUACUUGAAAGUGAUGGACGUGGGCGAAGGGAGUGCGCCUGCAGGAGGCAGGAGGGUCGCACCCAUUGCCGACAAGCCGGAUCUGGGUCCCCGAGAGGAAGACCGCUGGAAGAGAGAAGUGAAGGAUGGGGUGGAGUAUCUCAUUCGAGAGCACAACAGCCCAAGAAAGCGUUUGUUUGCGCCAAAGAUCAAGGAUCUCCCUGUGCCCUUGGAGAGACUGGAGAGUGGAAGGCUCACCAAGAUGAUCUUCGAGGAGGAUGGGUCCCAGAAGGAAGAUCGGAGUGCGUGGGAAGACAAGCGCUUUGCAAUGAGGGAUAUGAAGCAUGCUUGGCUGGGAGAAACCUGGUUCAGGCUGAAGCCAGAAAGAGAAGAAGCAGCUGCUGAGGAAGAGCAGCCAGACUAUGAAGGCGAAUGGAUGCAAGGACUAGACGAGGCAUAUGAAGAAGAGAUUGCGCAAGGAGAGGAAGCUCAUGGAGGAGUUGUGGAAGACGACGAAGACGCAGUGGAUCGGCUGAUGAUAGAAGAGGACAGAGAAAGAGACCAGGGCAAGGUCAUCAAGGCACCGAAGGAGCCGUCAGCUCAGGAGGUGGAAGAACACAACCUCCACCAUGCCAACUUCGAGAGUUGGUGCCCUGUUUGUGUGAUGGGGCAAGGUAAGAGCAAGCAGCACAGGAGGGUCAAGGAAGACCCCAAGGAGCAUGUGAUCUACUCCGACUACAUGUUCUUUUCUGGAGAAGGCAAGGAAGUGAACAAAGAAGAAGGAGAAAAGAAGCGGGCUGGUUUGGUAACCGUUCUCACUGCAAUUUGCAAAGAGAGCCAGUACCCUUUCGCGCUGGUGUUGCCAUCCAAAGCCAGCGUGGACUACGCAAGCAAGGCAAUGAUCAGCUGGAUCAAGGAUCUGAAGUGGGACAAGGUAGUAAUCCAUUUCGACCAAGAAAGCGCUCUGAACAAGAUAUAUGAAAGGGUGCAGAAGGAAAUGGGUGACACCGUUACUCUGCGGAGAUCACCGCGAUACAGCUCACAGUCCUUAGCAGAUGGAGAGAUGGUCAACGGUUUUCUGGCAGGCAAGAUUCGCACAUGGCUUGCGGAGGUGUCAGAGAAAUACAAAGUCAAGAUUGGCUGUGACAGUGUCUUGUUUCCAUGGAUUGUGCGACACAGUGCGUGGACGGUGGCACGGUUUCACAUCAACCACUCGAAGACAACGGCGUUCAGAGUCAUCAAUGGGUUUGACUAUGUGGGUGAGAUGAUGACAUUCGGACAGGUGGCCUUAGCAAAAUUUCCGAAGCAAAAGGACAAGGCAGCUCCAAGAUGGAUUCGCGGAGUGUAUGCCGGAAAGAAUGCUGCAGGAGAUGAGCACUUGGUGCUUACAGAGUCAGGGGUGCAGACAUGCCGCACCGUGAGGAGGUUACCAGAAAGUGCAAGAUAUGAAGCGGCGAUACUCGACAAGGCAAAGGGAGUGCCUUGGAACAGGUACUUGGGCAUUGCAACAAGCAAGGUAGUGCAAGAACGGUCUGAGAGCAAGGGUGUAGCAGUUCCGGAGUUGGAGCCUGCAGAGACCUACGACUUCAAGCCAGAGACGAUAGUGGUGCCAAUGCCGGCGCCAAGAGCAGCAGACGAUGCAGGAAAGGAAAGUGAGAAAGCUGCGUUGCAAGAGCCAGAGAGCAAGAGAGCCAGGGUGGAGCCUGCGCAGGCCAGUCGGCCGCCGGGUGACACCGGGAAUGCUGCAGCUAGCACGCAGCAGUUCAACAUUGCUACGCCUGAUGCCAGCAUGGGCACAGACAGUCUCGACACGAGCAUGUAUGUGCCAAGCGUGCCGGGAGAUGUAGCGCAGAACAUGGUGGACAGCGUGAGUAACCAUGGGACCUGGCUGGAGGGUAGUGCUCUCCUACCAAAAGAAGAUGUGGGUGUGUACAAGAAGUGGCUGAAGCAAAACAAAGAUUGCUUCAACGAGACAAUGGUGAGCAACAUCAUGGACUACCUGGACACGUUGCAGAUUGACGAGAAAGAGUUGAAGAGAGCGAGAAAGGAAGAGCUGAGAAAGCUAAAUGAGGUGUACGGUGCCUUCACACCGAGAGAUGGGAGACAGAUAACAAAGGACCUGACGGUUUUCGGCCACAAGUGGGUUGACAAGGUCACUGAAGGAGUGGCAAAGUCACGACUCACAUGUCAGGACUUCAAGAAGAAGCAAGAAGCGAAUGAGAAGCACAACUCAGAGUACCCUUCAAAUUUCUGUCCAACGCCGCACGCCACCUCGAGGAAGUUGUUGGAGGUUUACUCGCUGACGACAAAGAUGCCGAGAGUCAAGGCCGACCUUAGCUCGGCUUUCCUCAUUGCGAAAGAUGGUGGAGAUGCAAAAGGACAACCAGUGAUGAUGAAGCCGCCAAAGGAAUGGCUGGAGGAAUACGAUGAGUGGUACGCAAAAGCAAGCCCAGAAAUGCAAGAGCAGAUGAAGAACGUGCCGAAAGAAAGCGUGCUGUGGCAGAUCGAUGGAAAUCUGUAUGGAAGGCAGUCAGCGGCAGCGCAGUACAGAGAUCGUCUGGAAACCAUUUUGACCAAGGAACUCCCGAAGGGAGUGUAUCAGUUUCACAGGGGGACACUAGACGCAUGUGUCUUUCGAUGCGUGCGAACAGGGAUCGUUUUGAUCCACCACAUAGACGAUUUCGACGUUUGUGGACCGGCAGAGUUGCUGGAUGACCUGCUGAAAGUUCAGCUGCCGAAGUGCGGAUGCAAGCUAAAAGUGGGUGAGCUUGAAUGGCCAGGCGCAGCAAGCAGUAGCACGAGUGAAUUUCUUGGCAGAAAGAAGAUCCUGGUGGAGGGAGCUGUGGUUACGAUGCCGAACGAAAAGCAUACCACUGACAUCCUUAGGAUGCUAGGACUAGAGGACGCCAAGCCAAGCCCCGUUCCGGGAAAGAAGCUCAACCUAAAGGAUGACAAGCUUCUGGAGGGCAGAGCCAAAGAAAUCUACGCUAGCUGUGUAGGCAGUGCUACCUACCUGUCGCAGGAUCGACCCGACAUCAAAUUCGCAUGCAAGGAGCUUGCAAAGCGGAUUAGGAAUCCCAGGGAAUGUGACAUGCAAAACCUCAAGACGUUAGGUAGAUAUCUCAGGGGAACCAUGCACGUGGGACAUGUGACAAAGAUGAGUGAAGACUUCGAACCAGCUGCAGGGAUUCCGCUGCAGGGGUAUUGCGACAGUGACUGGGCAGGUGACAGAGAAGACCGCAAGAGCACCAGUGGGCAGGCAAUAGUCCUAGGAGGGACCGUGGUUGAAACUUCUGCUCGGAGUCAGCAAGGAACUCCUGCGACCAGCUCAGGAGAGGCAGAAGUCAGAGCCCUAACUCAGUGCGCCCAGGACCUAGUUUUCGUGCGGAACUUAGGUGUGGAAGACUUUGGCAUGACGAUCGAUGUGCCAAGACUGUUUUGUGACAGUAGGCGACAUGUUGAUCUGGGACAUUUCUACAUUCAAGAGCUUGUGAAAGAGAAAAGAGUGAUCGUGCAGAAAAUCAAAGGAACGGAAAACCCAUCGAAUGCUUUGACGAAGCACUUAACAACCGGAAAGGAGAUGGAAGAAGCACGCGAAAUGCUCGGGUUGGUUACCUUGGACAAGCAAGGACUUGACAAGCACGUUACAAAGAACAGCAUGCAAACCAUCGGAGCAGUCAACAUUUGGAAAAAGUGGCAGCCGCAGCAGUGCUCAAAGCUGAACAUAAAGCAAUUUGUCAGUGCUGUUACUAGACACCGGCCUCUGAGGGAGUCACCUCAUGGAUCUCAUUCCUCAUGGACCGGGUGA